AUGGUAACUAAAGGUAUUGUUCUGGGUCACAAGGUCUCUUCAAAGGGAAUUGAGGUUGACAAAGCUAAAGUGGAAAUCAUUGAAAAACUUCCACCACCAACAAAUGUGAAAGGAAUCAGAAGCUUUUGGGGGCAUGAAGGUUUUUAUAGAAGAUUCAUCAAAGAUUUCUCCAAGAUUGCCAAACCUUUAAGCAAUCUCCUUGUCAAAGACACACCUUUUGAGAUGAAUGAUGAAUGUCUUAAGGCCUUUGACUUCUUGAAGAAUAAAAUGAUUUCUGCCUCAAUAAUUAUAGCGCCAAAAUGGAAUAAGGACUUUGAGUUGAUGUGUGAUGCAAGUGAUUAUGAUAUAGGUGUUUUCGAUGUGGAAAUCUGUGACAAGAAGGGUGGUGAGAACUUAAUUGUUGAUCAUUUAUCAAGGCUCAUCAAUGAUAAAGUCACAAGCAAGGAAAAAGAGAUCCAGGAAUCCUUUUCAGAUGAAACAUUUUUGCAUAUUCAGCAGAGGCCAUGGUUUGAUGACAUGACUAAUUUUAAAAUUGUAGGACUAAUCCCAGAAAAUUUUAAAUGUCAACAGAAGAAGUUUUUGCAUGAUGCAAAACAGUUUAUCUGGGAUGAUCCCUUCUUGUUCAAGAUUGGAGCUGACAACCUCUUGAGGCGUUGUGUUACUAAUGAAGAAGCAGCAGAAAUUCUUUGGCAUUAUCAUAAUUCACCUUAUGGGAGACACUUUAAUGGAGAAAGAACAAUUGCAAAAGUUCUUCAGUCUGAAUUUUAUUGGCCUACCUUGUUUAAGGAUGCUCACAAUCAUGCUAGAAAAUGUGAUAAGUACUUUGUUGGUCCUUUUCCACCUUCUUUUAACAAUGAGUAUAUUUUGGUGAUGGUGGAUUAUGUGAGUAAAUGGGUAGAAGUAGUUGUUUGUCCCAAAAAUGAUGCUAAUACGGUUAUUAAAUUUCUGAAAAGGCAAAUCUUUGCCCUGUUUGGAGUUCCUAGAGUUCUUAUUAGAGAUGGAGGAUCUCAUUUUUGUAAUGCUCAACUUGCAAAAGUUCUCAAGCAUUAUGGAGUGAGGCAUAAGGUGGCUUCACCUUAUCAUCCACAGACAAAUGGGCAAGCUGAAGUUUCUAAUAGGGAGAUAAAAAAGAUUCUUGAGAAGACAGUUGCUUCAUCAAGGAAGGAUUGGUCUCAAAAGUUAGAUGAUGCUCGUUGG